GAUUAGAAGAAGAAAAGUAGUACUUGAGCGGACUCUUGAGGCGUGCUGGUCUUUACCGUGGCGUGUUAAAGUCGACCGCACAUAUUUAAAGAGCGGCCGGUAAACUUUGCGAAAGGGAAAACCGUGUGAAAGCUCGCGAACCCCUUUUUUUUUUUUUUUUUUUUUUUUUCUUUUCUAGUUACCCCUUCUACUAGGCAUGCCAAUUCACGUCCAAUUAAACGUAAUAACGAUCCGUUGGCUUUGAACGCGAAAAGAACAACCGCACUUUGGAUUACACGUUUUUACAUCACGAUCGUCGUUUCCUUAAAAAGUGAUUGGCAAUUUUAAUUUGAUAUAUUGAGAAAAAGAGGUUGAGAUAUAAGAAAAGGAUCUUCAAUUUUUUCAAAUUGAAAAGGUUCUCGUGGUGAUAUCACAAAGAUGAGAUUUCAAGUUUAUAUUCUCCAUCUUUGCUUCUUUAUGCUUGUUGUGUUGACGUGUCUUUCCCAGGGACAGUUCACAGACACAACCACAACCGAGCAGCCUACUUUUCUACAAAAGAUCCAUGAAGCGUUCAAAAAAGUGAAGGAAAACGUAAAGAUUCCUAAUUUUCAUAUUUUCGACCCACCAAUUUACACAACAACUACGGAAAAACCAGAAUUAGAAUUAACUGAAAAUUUUAAUAUAACGAACAGACAACUCAUUACAGUUCCCGUCAGAUGUCCUCCCAAUUAUGACUUCAUAAAGGGAAGAUGUCGCGAGAAAAUUCCAUAAAUUUUUAAUUCCUUACCAAUUUUUCA